AUGAUUGAUGUGAAAGGUGAUGGAAAUUGUUUGUUUCGUUGUGUUGCUCUGGCACUUUAAGGCACUCAAAACACUCAUCAUGAUUUUAGACUCAUGUGUGCCAAUAUAAUCUAAGAAAAUCAAACUUUAUUCAAAGAUAAAAUUCAUCAAGGAAUGCUUAAAUAAUACGAUCCAUAAAAAGAUGUCUUUCAAUAAUAUGUUCAAUAAGUACAAAAUGGAUAGAUAAUGGGAGGAUUAAUCGAAUUAUAAGCACUUUCCCUUGGAUUAAAUGUUGAAUUUAAUGUGGAAGGAAUUGGUAAUAAAUUAUUAGAUAUUGGAUUAUCACAUAAUCCAAAAAAAUAAAUAGAAUUGUGUAGAAUAAAGAAUGAUAAAUAUAAAGAUGGACAUUACAUGUUUAAGAAAAUCCAUAAAAUAAAAAAAAAGAAAUGAG